UUGUCCGACGGAGUACUUAUUAACCAAUGUAGUUGACCUUAAUGUAGUUGAGACUGUCAUUGUGUACAUAUAUUUAUGUUCAUAAACGCAAGGACGCUUCUUCCGUUUCUGCGAACGACGAGGUGGAACUUUACAUCUGUACUUCAUUUUACGUUAGCGUAAAUUCGCUUCAAUGGCGGAGGUGGCUGUAGCUGGGGGAGCUGGUCCCGAUGUCAACACAGCUGGAAACCCGACAGAAAUGGCCAUGGCGUACUUACAAGACGAGAAGACUGAUGGAGAGAUCCAAGACAUCAACCUGGGAGAACUAGACCUCACCACUGAUGAGUUCAUCCUGGAUGAAGUGGACAUUCAUAUCCAGGCCAAUCUGGAGGAUGACCUUGUGAAGGAGGCGCUCAAAACGGGUGUUGACCUCCGUCAGUACUCCAAGCAGGUGGAGUCAGAGCUGCAGAGGAUUGAACAAGCCUCCAUUAAAGACUACAUCAAGGAGAGUCAGAACAUCGCUCUGCUGCACAACCAGAUCACCGCCUGUGACUCCAUACUGGAGUAUCCCUAUGAGACGCUGUUCCGCAGCCAGCACUACGCUCUGCUGGACAACGGCUGCAGGGAGUUCCUCUUCCUCUCCGACUUCUUCAUGGUGACAGGAAACUCUGCCCUCGACCUCUUCAACAGCAUCAUGGGAAAAACUCUCAGCAUGUUCCUGAAGAGCAUGUCCACUUAUGUGUCCGACUGCUACGACAGCAUCGCCGUCUUCCUCUGCAUCCACAUCAUCCUCCGCUUCAGAGCCAUCACCGUCAAGAGGACCAUACCCGCUCUCGACAAGUACUGGGAAGCGGUGUUGGAGCUGCUGUGGCCGAGGUUUGAACUGAUCCUGGAGAUGAACAUCCACAGCAUCAGAAACACAGACCCUCAGAAACUGGGAGUACUGGAUACCAGACCGCACUACAUCACUCGUCGUUACGCAGAGUUCUCGUCGGCCAUCGUCAGCAUCAACCAGACGUUUACAAACGAGAAAACACACACUCUGCUGGGACAGCUGCAGGUGGAGGUGGAGAACUUUGUUCUGAAGAUGGCAGCAGAGUUUCCCUCCAGAAGAAACCAGCUCAUCUUCCUCAUCAACAACUACGACAUGAUGCUCAGCGUCCUCAUGGAGAGGGCAGCAGACGACAGUAAGGAGGUGGAAGGUUUCCAGCAGCUGCUCCUGGCCAGGACCCAGGGCUACAAGUGUGACUACAACCGGUUUUUAAAAUAAGGUGUUAACUAUGUUAAGCUAUAUAACCAAUGAAAACAUGUUACCAGGGAUCCUUAUGAAUUACAAGAAAAUACCACUUAAUUAGGAGGGAAAUGUAUU